UUAUCUGACAUUCUUUCAGCAUUUAAAAAUGUGGAAAAUGAGAAAAAAAUGAAAGAUGCCCUAGAUGAUGCAGGAAACGACAUGCUAAUGAUCAUGCAAUUUAUAUUUCCUAUUGCCACAAAAAUUCAAAUGAAUGUUAUACCAAAAUAUGGUUUUUCUGGCGAUGGAGACGGUUUAAUACUUUUUACAAGAACGAUUCAAAAGUAUGAAAAAGAAAACGAAAAAAUUAGAAUGAUGAACUCUCAGUUGCGAAGUUUAGUUUUGCCUGUGUUUCAGCAGUAA